GGAGAGCUUUUAUUAAAAAAAAAAAAAAAAAAAAAAAUUAAAAAUUUGAGAUUAUACUCAUACUUGGUAGGGAAACUUGUUCCCAGCAUAAAUCUAACGCUAUCAAAUUUCCCCCCUUUUCCUUUUUCUGUCUGUACAUGUAUGUGUAUGUGUUGUUGGUGAAUAGGUAUUAAUGGCGGACAAACCAAGUAAAGCUUUGGUGAUCUAUGGUUAUGGCUUAGCACCUCACAUCACUCCUUCUCAUUCCUACAUUCAUGAUCUUGCAUCUAAAGCUUGCUGUGGCUUCUUAGCCCUUGAUGAUUCCUCUCCUACUCCAGAAGUAGAAGAUGAGAAACUUAUCAGAGAACUGGCACAGCUACUGGAUGCCAAUGAAGCUAGUGAAAAGAAGGAUCUUGGAUCAGAAGCCUCAAAGCAAGUUCCCAGCAUAGGGGAUAGGUUCAUGGGAAUGAAAGCUGCUAUAGUCUCUAGUAGUCCUGCUGUCAAAUCCUUUGGAGAGAAGCUUGGCUUCAGUAACCUGGAUGUUCAAUCGGCUGAUUUUGCAGCGGAUGAGUUGCUAAGAACACUUGGAUUUUUAGAUGGGAAUAUAGCUGAUGGCCAUUAUGAUCUGGUCUUUGUUCAUAUUGGAGCACAUGUGGGGGAAAGUGCACAGAAUGAUCUCGACUAUGUAAACAGCUUGGUUGGGAGGAUAUUGCAAGUUGCCCAACCUGGGUCAGAAAUUGCAUCCCGAUUGCAUUUAACUCUCAUCAUGAGCUAUGGAGCUGUCUUAGUGGAUGAUCCAAACUUAUCACUUGUAUCCUUGCAUGAUGGAAAUGAUUCUAACCUCCAGUCCCUCUUUCCACGUCAAAGCUAUACCGUGAAAGGAGUAAAUCCAAGGAAUGGCAUCAGGCACCAUUGUCCAAUAUUAAUAGCACAAUGGCAGGAUGCUGUAACUCGUAAAGAUAUGGCGCAAGAGUUUUCUUUCACUGAGUUCAAAAAGAAUUGCGGAAACCUUGCAAUAGCAGCAGAUAGAUUUUUGUAUGAGAUAGCCUUUAAACUAUGGAAGGCACCCAAGUAUGGAGCUUAGAAUGCGAGCUGGAGUUUAGCUGCGUAUGACAUGGGAUUCUGGAGCUGCAAUGAUCAAGAAUGCAGUAAAUCGAGCCACACCCGAAUGCCAAUAUUCUAAUAUCAUCACUGAGCAGCUUCAGAUUGACAUUUCUGAAAAGCUGAAGCUAAUUCUGACGUGAGAGAGCUAGACAGAUAACUGAUGCAUCAACUACUUUAAACAGAUCUGAUGUGAUAGAUGUAAAAAUUUAAUUUGUAAUUUUGUUUUUGGAAUGCACUGCAAUCAUAAGUCAUAACCUGACAUUAUGAAAGUUUUGCAUUUGCAACAUGCUGCUUGAAAUCAAACAGACGGGAAUAAAUGUCAAAUGCAAAGGAAAGUUGUUUAUUUUUGUCACAACGUUUUGUUUUCA